ACUCUAAACCCUACGACCUAGAACAUUCCGUCUCCCCCAAUAAAAAACUCAGAGAACCCUAGAAUUCGCACUCACCACCGAUUGAGAAAUGAUGAAGCGUCUGGUCCCAACGUUCAACCGCAUCCUGGUGCAGAGAGUCAUCCAGCCUGCUAAAACCGAGAGCGGCAUCCUCCUCCCAGAGAAAGCCUCCUCGUUGAACUCGGGCAAGGUGAUAGCAGUGGGACCUGGUUCAAGGGACAAAGAUGGGAAAUUGAUUCCGGUCUCUGUCAAGGAAGGCGACACCGUUCUUCUUCCCGAGUACGGUGGUACUCAGGUCAAGCUCGGCGACAAUGAGUACCAUCUCUUCCGGGAUGAGGACGUCUUGGGAACCUUGCACGAGGACUGAGACUCACAACUAAGAGCCUUCUUGCUGGCUAUGAAUGAAAAGAAAUUCAUAUCUCUCUUUUUUAUAUGUUGGGGUUUGGACUUUGUUGAUUAUCAUUGAUAUUUACCUUAAUAAAUCUUGAAACGAUGCAUCUUCUGAUUCCAAUC